ACGCAAGAUAGAUCAAAUGAUUGUGACUGCACUGCACAUUGGUAGUUAUUAGCAAAACAACAGCAUUUGAUAUAUCAUAUUUAAAGUAACAUUUCAUUUGGUGUCUUUUUAUUUGUGUUUGUAUCAGAUGGCAUUUUUUCUUCUCCUGGUGAUGCUGGCAACAUGUGCUGCAGUUCCUGAAAAUCUGUCGGAUAAAAUGUUGACUUUCCCACAGAAAACCAAGACAGCUAAUGUAAGACUGACCACGUUGAUCCAGGAUUUCAGUGCUGUAACUGUCUGUCUCAGAUCCAUUACAGACCUUGACAGAGCCCAUUCACUUUUCUCUCUGUCCACACGUCAUCAUCACAAUGCCUUCCUGAUAUUCUGGACGGCAUCAAAAGAUCAGUUUGAGGUCUGUGUCGGCAACACUUGUGCAACAUUUGUAAUAAAGGACUACAAGCCGAACGAGUGGCACUCUAUUUGCUCCACAUGGGAUGCUGCGUCUGGUCUGGUGCAGCUGUGGUUGGAUGGAAAGCCCUCAACUAGGAAAUACGUUGGUGGACCAAGAAUCACUUAUCCCAUUGUUAUCCUCGGACAGGAGCAGGAUUCCUAUGGUGGAGGCUUCCACAUUGAUCAGUCUUUCGUCGGCAUGCUGUCUGAUGUCCACAUGUGGAACCACGUCCUCUCCCCCUGUGAGAUCCAGCGCUACAUGGACGAUCUAAACUUCCGUCCAGGGAAUGCGCUCAACUGGGGGGCGCUGGAGUGCAGAGUCACUGGAAGAGUGCUGAACGAAGACAAACAAGUGCCCUGUUUCCUCUCGUCCCACUAA